AUGGUGGUCAAGCAACGCAUUCGCGAGUGCAUCACAUGUACGCGAUGGCGGGAGGCAUCUCCACAACCGUUGAUAGGCAACUUGCCGACGAGCCGGGUCACUCCUGGACGACCCUUCCUGGACACUGGAGUGGAUUACGCAGGGCCGGUGCCGAUGCGCACUUCCCCAGGUCGUGGACAACGAGGUCGCAAGGGAUUCAUCGCAGUCUUCAUCUGCCUCGCCACGCGAGCAGUCCAUCUCGAGGCAGUGUCGGACUGUACCACGGAUGGAUUCCUGGCAGCAUUUCGACGAUUCGUGUCCCGGCGAGGCAUGUGCAGAACAAUGCACAGCGACUGCGGCACGAAUUUUGUUGGAGCCGAUGCUCAGCUGCAAAACAUGUUUCGGGCUACCAGUGCCGAGGCACGCCACAUAGCAGAGAGGGUUGCCCACGAGGGAGUGGAGUGGCGAUUCAAUCCUCCGGCGUCGCCUCAUUUCGGUGGUGUCUGGGAGGCAGCGGUGAAAUCAAUGAAGUUUUACCUGCGUCGCGUCAUAGGCGAAGCGGUGCUGACAUAUGAGGAGAUUGCCACGCUCCUCUCUGAGAUAGAAGCAUGCCUCAACUCUCGACCAUUGCAGGCUCUUACAGACGACCCGGAGGACCUGACGGCACUCACCCCUGGUCAUUUCCUCAUCGGAGCCCCUCUGAUGGCCGUGCCCAAACCAUCACUAACAAAGAUACCUGCGAAUCGAUUGACCCGGUGGAAACUGCUGCAGCAAAUGAGGGAUCACCUAUGGCAACGAUGGUCACACGAAUACCUGCAAGGAUUGUUUCCCAGGAUGAAGUGGACUAAGGACGAGCUCAACAUCAAGGAGGGUCAGCUGUGUCUCAUCCGGAAUGAGUCAACACCUCCGUGUCACUAUUGUGACACCCUCGACGACACUCACAUUCGGAAG